AUGGCGGCGGCCGGCGGCCGGCGUUGGCUGCUGUGCCUGUGGCUGUCGGCAGCACUGCUGCUGCCGCGCCCGGCGCGGGGCCUGAUCGAGGGACUGUACUGCGGGCGGCGCGUGUGCUACGAGGUGCUGGGCGUCGGCCGACAGGCCAGCAAGGCGGAGAUCGCCCGCGCCUACCGGCAGCUGGCUCGUCAGUACCACCCCGACCGCUACCGCGGGGAGCCGGCCGCGGCGGGCGGCUCGCGGGCGGCGCACGAGAAGUUCCUGCUCAUUGCCACCGCCUACGAGACCCUCAAGGAUGAAGAAACACGUAAAGAUUAUGAUUACAUGUUGGAUCAUCCUGAAGAGUAUUACAGACACUACUAUCACUACUACAGCAGGAGAUUGGCACCUAAAGUGGAUGUCCGAAUAGUGAUUCUCGUUACGGUGUGUGCCAUCUCUGUGUUUCAGUUCUUCAGCUGGUGGAGUAGUUACAAUGAAGCUAUCAACUAUCUAGCUACAGUGCCAAAAUACCGUAUACAAGCUACUGAGAUUGCCAAGCAACAAGGUUUACUCAACAAGACCAGAGAAAAAGGCAAGAACAGGAGGUCUAAAGAAGAAAUUCGUGAAGAAGAGGAAGAAAUCAUCAAAGACAUUAUUAAAAAUAAAAUAGAUAUAAAAGGCGGUUAUCAGAAGCCCAAGAUAUAUGAUAUCCUUCUGUUUCAAAUCCUUCUAGCUCCUUUCUACUUGUGCAAGUAUGUAAUUUGGUACUGUUGGUGGAUUUAUUGUUUCACUAUUAAAGGCCAAGAAUAUGGUGUAGAAGAGAAGCUGUAUAUCAUACGGAGAUACAUGAAAAUGUCUCAGUCUCAGUUUGACAGCCUGGAAGAUCAUCAAAAAGAGACCUUUCUUGAGCGGCAGCUGUGGAUACGAGAAAACUAUGAGGUCUAUAAACAAGAACAAGAGGAGGAGUUAAAGAAGAAGAUGGCCUUGGAUCCCCGAUGGAAGAGGUAUCGGAGGUGGAUGAGAAAUGAAGGACCUGGAAGACUGACUUUCAUUGAUGAUUGAAAGUUGCUGAACACAGUGUGUGCUGAUGUCGGCAGUGAUCUGCGAAACUUUUUGCUACAUCAUUCAGAGUUUUAUCUGCUGGUUUGGCAGUGAUCUAAAACUCAGGAAUUAUUAAAUGAGGCCGAAAAAUAGUACAGGUUUACGGUUUUUAUAAAUCAGAAUUAUUAAACAGGCAUAACUCAAUGUGUAUAUCUUACAUGGGGAUCUUAAUGUGGAAUUCAUUAUUUCAAAUAAUGUAUUUCCUCUACAUAUUUCAUUCUCAUGGUCAAUGGAAUCGUAAUUUCAAUCUUUCUGAAACUGUUUCUUGAUCUGUCCUUGGAAGUCUCGGUUCUUGAUUCUAAACCGAAGGGUUCAUGCGAGUGAACACUGGAAAUUGAAAUUGUUGGUAAGGACUCUGAAGCAAGGGCCAUUUCUUACUUUCCUCUUCUCUUCCACCUACUUUUCAACUUACUUUUUAAAAUGCCAAAUUGUUUUUUGAUGUAGACAAAAUGGGGAUUAUACCAGACUACUUCUUUUGCUAUUCCCUCUCCAAUUGGAAAUGAAUUUUAUUCUUUGUGGGAAUAAAUGAUGCAUGAUUGAUCACCGUUAUGGUGCAAA